UGUUGGAAAUGAGAGAAGGAGGAGGAUGCUGCGCUCUACCCUUGGUGCGUUCUUUUCGGUCAGCACGCACUGCCUCUGACUCAGGCUCAACCUCAGCUUUCAGUUGUCUUCGGCUAAAGGACUUAAGAGAAGAGGUGGAGAAAGAAACAAACAACAAACUGGAGCUCAGGAGUUCUCACUACAGCUUCUCAAACAGAGACAACAGCAAGAGAAAAAAAGAACAGGACAAAUAUUGCCCCUCUUCUGUGGAGGAAACUACUAACCCCUCAGUGGUCACCACCACACCUUCUUCGGGUUUCAGUGCUUCUUUUUCAACCCUGUCCGCUCCAAGGUCUAUGUGGCAAGAGGCGAUGAAGAGGAAACGGUACCUCCUUGACCGGGCAGGGGUGUCUGGUGAAGUGGAUAAAGGAGGUGGUGAGGGGAAGAGGAGCAGGUCCCCGGACUGGCUAUAUGAAUCCUACUACUGUAUGAGCCAGCAACAUCCUCUCAUUGUGUUUUUGCUUCUCAUAGUGAUGGGAGCCUGCCUGGCUCUGCUGACUGUGUUUUUUGCUUCAGGGCUGAGCAUCGCAGACCAUGUUGCCUUUGUAAUCACUGUGCCCACAGCACUGGCUAUAUUCCUGACAGUGUUUGUGCUCGUCUGCAUUGAGUCUGUCUUCAAGAAGCUCUUACGUGUUUUUUCCUUGGUCAUCUGGGCUUGCUUGGUUGCAAUGGGCUACCUUUUCAUGUUUUCUGGUGGGAUCCUUUGUCCAUGGGAUCAGGUGUCCUUCUUCCUGUUCAUUGUGUUUGUGGUUUACACCAUGCUACCGUUCUCUAUGCGGGAAGCCAUCAUUGCCAGUAUCCUUACCUCUGCCUCUCACACCAUUGUGCUGAGUGUGUGCUUGUCCACAGCGGCAGAUCACAGGGAGGCAGUAGUGUGGCAGAUUUUGGCCAAUGUUAUUAUUUUUGUUUGUGGCAACAUGGCUGGGGCGUACCACAAGCAUCUGAUGGAGUUGGCACUGAAACAAACCUACCAAGACACCUGUAACUGCAUCAAGUCCCCAAUUAAACUGGAGUUUGAGAAGAGACAGCAGGAGCGUCUUCUUUUGUCUCUACUGCCAGCUCACAUUGCUCGAGUAAUGAAGGCUGAGAUCAUCCAGAGACUGAAGGGCCCUAACUUUGGCCAGAUUGAGAACACAAACAACUUUCACAACCUCUAUGUCCAGAGGCACACUAAUGUCAGCAUUCUUUACGCAGAUAUAGUUGGAUUUACGCGCCUUGCCAGUGACUGCUCACCAGGAGAACUAGUGCAUAUGCUGAAUGAACUGUUUGGCAAAUUUGAUCAAAUUGCUAAGGAAAAUGAAUGCAUGCGGAUCAAAAUUCUUGGCGAUUGUUAUUACUGUGUGUCCGGCCUCCCAGAGUCAUUGCCCAACCAUGCAAAGAACUGUGUGAAAAUGGGUCUGGACAUGUGUGAAGCUAUCAAGAAAGUACGAGAUGCUACAGGGGUUGAUAUUAACAUGCGUGUUGGUGUACAUUCUGGGAAUGUCCUUUGUGGUGUUAUUGGACUUCAAAAGUGGCAGUAUGAUGUUUGGUCACAUGACGUCACAUUGGCCAAUCAUAUGGAGGCAGGAGGUGUACCAGGACGAGUUCACAUAACAUCAGUGACUCUGGAACACCUAAAUGGUGCUUAUAAGGUUGAGGAUGGUGAUGGACAAGAGAGAGAUCCUUACCUAAAGGAACAUGGUGUUAUCACUUAUCUUGUUAUCAACCCAAAGGUGGAGCGUCAGAGUCCAGAACCUUAUUAUCGACCCAGAUACACUCUUGAUGGAGCAAAAAUGAGAGCGUCAGUCAGGAUGACCCGAUAUCUGAAGUCAUGGGGAGCAGCCAAGCCCUUUGCCAACCUCCACCACAGAGACAGCAUGACAAAUGAAAAUGGCAAGAUUAGCACUUCUGAUGUGCCGAUGGGACGGUAUCAUUUCCAGAGGAGAUCAGAAAGGACAAAGUCUCAGAAGAAAAGGUUUGAAGAGGAAUUUAAUGAAAGGAUGAUCAGGACGUUUGACGGAAUAAACUCACAAAAACAGUGGCUCAAGUCUGAGGACAUUCAAAGAAUAUCAUUGUUUUUUCAUAACAGAUCAUUGGAAAAAGAGUACCGAGCAACAACCUUGCCUGCAUUUAAAUACUAUGUCACCUGUGCCUGCUUGAUCUUUUUCUGCAUCUUUGUUGUGCAGAUCCUGGUUCUACCAAGAACGGUUGUCUUAGGAGUGUCAUUUGGCAUGGCCUUUCUCACCCUCUCGUUGAUAAUUCUUAUAUGUUUCAUUGGACACUUCUUGCACUGCAAUAAAAGUGCAUCUACUUCUUGGAUGUGGCUGCUGAAAUCAUCAAUUAUUAUUGCCAACAAGCCUUGGCCUCGCAUCACUCUCACCAUGACAACCACCACUUUGAUACUUAUAAUGGCAAUCAUCAACAUGUUCUUUUUGGAAGAUGUAUCCCCACCAGUUCAACUUCACAACUCAUCUAAUGAAACAGUGUUUUACUCUAAUGGGCAACCUUUAAACUUCUCAGGCCAAAACAAUUAUUACCUACCUUAUUUAAUUUACAGUUGCAUCCUGGGCCUGAUCUCUUGCUCCGUGUUUCUGAGAAUAAACUACGAGCUGAAGAUGAUUAUAAUGUUGACUGCGGUGGUGAUCUACAACAUUAUUAUUCUACAAACACACGCACCUCUGCUGGAUGAAUAUAGCAGAUUUCUGUAUAAGACUGAAAGCCUUGACAGACCUGGAGUCCUCAAGGAUCUGAAGACCAUGGGCUCCGUCUCUCUUUUUAUCUUCUUCAUCACAUUGCUGGUUCUUGCCAGACAGAAUGAAUAUUACUGUAGGUUGGACUUUCUUUGGAAGAACAAGUUUAAAAAAGAAUGUGAGGAAAUUGAAACAAUGGAGAAUCUCAACCGGGUUUUACUGGAGAAUGUCCUUCCUGCACAUGUUGCAGAACACUUCUUGGCUCGUAACUGGAAAAAUGAGGAUCUUUACCACCAGUCCUACGAUGUGGUGUGUGUCAUGUUUGCCUCUAUCCCAGACUUUAAAGAGUUCUACACUGAAUCUGACGUCAACAAGGAAGGAUUGGAGUGUCUCAGGCUUCUUAAUGAAAUCAUUGCCGACUUUGAUGAGCUGCUUUCCAAACCUAAAUUUAGUGGUGUGGAGAAGAUAAAGACCAUUGGCAGUACUUAUAUGGCAGCUACUGGACUUAACACAUCAACUGCUCCUGAGUACAUUACCCUGGAGCAUGACAGACAGUAUAUGCACUUAGGAACCAUGGUGGAGUUUGCAUUUGCUUUGGUGGGAAAGUUAGAUGUCAUCAACAAACAUUCAUUCAACGACUUUAAACUCAGAGUUGGUAUUAAUCAUGGUCCAGUGAUCGCUGGAGUCAUCGGAGCUCAGAAACCACAGUAUGAUAUUUGGGGGAAUACGGUAAACGUAGCCAGCAGAAUGGAAAGCACUGGAGUCCUGGGGAAAAUACAGGUGACGGAAGAGACAAGUCGCAUCCUUCAUAAUCUGGGUUACAUGUGCUCUUGUAGAGGGAUCAUCAACGUCAAAGGCAAAGGAGAGCUCAAGACAUUCUUUGUGCACACAGAGAUGACACGUUCACUGUCCCAAGGAAAUAUAAUGCCGUAAGACGGGUUCAGAGUAUCUGCACAUCUACACAGAUCCAACCAAACGUUUUUGAUUGGGGACUAAGGGACUAUCAUCUAUUUAGAGCUUCUGUAGUUAAAACAAAUGUGACUCAGGAAGACAUCUGAACAAUAACGACGGAAAACAGAUUCUUACCAUUACCUUGCAGAGUAACUAUGCCACAGAUCUAGCAUUCAUUUAGUUAUUGGGUAGUACACACAACAAUUACGUUACAGUUUGAAUGUUAAUGGUGAAAAGACAAAGAUGUUGUUAUUUUUCAGGAUUAAAGAGAAAACUAGGAGCUCUGUGAUGCUUGUUGCAGGGACUGGACAACAGAAACACUUGCUUUGAUGCCAGUUGCACCACAGCAGGUCUCACCUUUCACAGUAUUUUUUGGUUUUAGAAUAUUGGGUGUGAAAAAGGCCUGAUUUCACGAAACAUUUGAGGAGUAUUUCUAAAAGACUGAAACACCAGCUUGCCCCUGGUCUUAUGAAUGUAAGUUUACGUUCUGCUGCAAGUGUUUAAAGUACUUUAAAAGCACAUCCAGUAUUAUUAGACACAGAAUAAACAUGAGAAGCCUAUUUCUGCAAAGGUGGAGGCUGCCCGGAAACAAAAGAAGGCUACAUGGAUUACAACGGUUUAUUCUUAUUCUGCUUAAACCACAAGACUUGGAUGUACUGUAUACUGCAGACAGUCCAGAACACCUAAAAGAGCAUAUUUUGAACCCUCUUUUUCUAAACUCCAGCAAGAGAAAAUGGGAAUUUGGGGCCAGGUGCAUAACAGAUUGUGAAAAAUAAAGAACAUAAUUUUUUUUUUCUUGUUACUUUUCAGUUUUUGAGAAUGUGCUACCAUUAGGUUGUAGAAUUUUCCCAAACCCGCCUAAGUGUAGAUCAUAUUCACAUAUAAAGAGAAAUUUAGAUGAGCUGAGAACUUAAAUUGGCAUGAACCUUUUUCUUAAAUAACGAUCAAACCCGAAUGUACUUUUAGAACAAAAACUGGAAAUUACUGGUGCUGUUCUGUUUUAAUACAGAGACUUUUAUGCACCUGGCCUCUUUUGAACAGAUCUGAGCCAAACAAACUCGAAGAACAUAAGGAUCAUUUUUUAGUUUAGUUUUUUUUUUCAUUAAAGUUUUGAUCAGUUUAAGCCUAAUUGAUGUACAUGUAGAUUUAGUAUAUAUGGCUGUUUUGUAAGAAAAAAAAAGGAAUAAAAAAAAUUUUUUGUGUGUGUUUUUGUAAAAAUCUUAA